AUGGGGGCGAUGCGUCGCAACUUCAGUCUUCCUCCCGAGAGAAAAAGUCGCAGGACAGCAAUUGCACCUUCUAAAACAAGGGCACCAUCUUUUGGUGGACAAGAACAAAGACCUGUCCAGCGUGAGGUUAAAUCCAAAACGAAAUUUGGGAACAUGAUAGGAAAUUUGAUCCAAUUUUUAGAAACUACGGAUUAUUCAAACUCUUUGUCCACAAAAUUCCUGAGUUCACCUAAUUCUAAGGAGAUAUUUUCAAUAUUUGAACACCUUGUUAGACAAAUCGAUUCUACCUUCCGUAUAGAAUUCGAUGGAACAAAAGCAGAGGAAGUGUGUAUAAACACCCUUAAGAUGUUAGGUUAUCCUCAUAUUCUUAGCAAACAUCAUUUAUCAGCACCUGGUGCUCCUCAGGCCUGGAAUUCCGUUCUGACCGCAUUCGAUUGGUUAAGGGAAGAAAUUGAGGUGCCGAUAAUUUUAUUGAAUUUUCAGUGUUCACUUACGAUGAUGAGCAGGAUACUAAAAAGAUGUGAAGGCUCCGAUAUAACCGCAUGUGAACUGGAGGAUUAUAACUCUCGUAUUAACAAAGCACUGUGCGUUCCAAGCGAGGAAGAUAUAAAGAUGUUGCACAACCGAUUGGACGAAGUGAAUAAACAAAUGAAUGCUUUAAAUAAUAUGGAAGACGAGGAAAACUCGUUAAGGGCACAAUUGGUUGAGUUAGAAUCCAAUAUAAGGUCACUGGAUAUGAACCUAUGCACCUUUGAGUCUGGGAUACAUACUGUUAAGUCUUCAGAUGAAGAAUUAACAGAGGAUCUAAACGAACUGAACAAGGAGGUAAAGAAAUUGGAAGGUAAUCUGGCAACCGUACGGGGAGUAUUGAAGGAACAAGAAGAUGCUGGGUAUGGACGGUUAGCUCAAGAAUUUCUCAUGCUUCGUGAACGUUUAAAUGCCAGAAUGCAUGCUAAAGAAGAGCUGUCAAAACAAGUGGAACAAAAAGAAUUAGAUUACACCCGGCGUGAGGGGAUAAUCGCUCCAACUUUGGAUGCUUACAAUCGUCUUGUUGGAUCUUUAAGGGUACAUGAGUUUUCAGCAAUUGCUAAAAGCUGUAAUUUGGAAGUAUGCACAUAUCGUAAAGGAUUCGAUAUUUCUAAACAGAUACCACUGUUAGUAAAAAAUGUCAAAGCUUGUGUAGAACAAUUUACUGUGGCCGUGUUUAAUAACGAAGAAGUAGUUCAAGAACUAACUGAACGUAUCAAAAAGCUUCAAUCAUUAAUUGACUGUUCAGAACUACCUGGGGUACAAGCUAGACUGAUAGAAGUCAAAACAGAAUUUAGUAAACUAGAUGAAUUGUUGACAGAAGAGGAUGAUGCACAUACAAAGGCAGAAGAGGAGUAUGCGAAAGUAUGUGCCCAAAGAAUUGAAGAGUUAGAAGAUUUAAAGAAACAGCUGAUUCAGGAGGAACAACGUCAAACAGAGCUUAAUGAAAGACUUGGCAUAAUUGUUCAAAACAGAAUGAAAUUGAGUUCACAUGUUGAGAAUGUUAGUCAACAAUUGUCUUCAUUCAUUCCUUACAUCGAAUCGUACUUUAAGACAAAGGAAUCUGCUGAUCGAACCUGGCAAAUGCAUGUGAAUUUGUUACGUGAGGAAAUACAGUCAACUGCUCGACGAAUUGAAAAUAAAGUUCAAAAAGCAUUAGAGCAAUAUGCUGAAUGUAAACAGUAG